CUGAUAUCAUAUCACUACCUCAGAAGCAAUAACAAUGGAGAACCUCGAGUUUCGGGGAAGAGCACUUGUGGCGUUCACAGUAUGGUCAUUAUUAUUUGUGACCACAUUUUGCAAUGCUAACGGUGAUGGUAAAACAGUUGAAGUGGUCGGGGUUGGUGAAUGCACAGAUUGCAAAGAGAAUAACUUGGACACCACCCAAGCAUUUUCAGGUCUUCGUGUAACCAUAGAUUGCAAGCCAGAAAAUGGUGACCAUUUCAAAACCAGAGGGUCUGGAAAGCUUGACAAACAAGGCAAUUUCAAAGUCUCUCUUCCACAACACUUGUUCAAAGAUGGCAAAUUGAAUGAACAUUGCUACGCACAGCUUCGCACUGUAUCAUCACCUCAACCUUGCCCUUCCAUUAAUGGCUUAGAAUCCUCUAAGCUAGUUUUCAAAUCCACCACCGACCAGAAACACCAGUUUGGGUUAAAAGAGAACCUCAAAUUCUCACCAAUAACAUGUGUCUCAGCCUCCUUUUGGCCUCACCACCACCACAACUUCCCUCCAUUGCCUAAGCUUCCACCACUUCCGCCAUUGAAAAACUUCCACCAUCAUUACCCUCACCCUCCCAUCUACAAGAAACCUCUUCCACCACCGGUUUAUAAGCCUCAUCCGGUGCCGGUCUACAAGAAACCACUCCCUCCGCCGGUUCCUGUCUACAAACCACCGGUUUAUAAGCCUCAUCCGGUGCCGGUCUACAAGAAGCCGCUUCCACCGCCGGUUCCUGUCUACAAACCACCGGUUUAUAAGCCUCAUCCGGUGCCGGUUUAUAAGAAGCCGCUUCCACCGCCGGUUCCUAUUUACAAACCGAAACCCUUCCCUCCUAUUCCUCACAAGCCACUUCCUCCUCUUCCGAAGAUUCCUCCAUUUACGAAGAAGCCGUGCCCUCCGCUUCCCAAGCUUCCUCCCAAGUAUUUCCACCACCCCAAGUUCGGAAAAUGGCCGCCGUUGCCGCCGUUUGCUCCACAUCAUCCUUGAAGUACGUAGGGUGUACUGUAAAAUGAAGUGUUAUAUGCAAUAUUUAAUGAAGCAUUGCAUGCAAUAAAAAAGGUCUAUCUUCGUAGGGGAGAUAAAUUAAGUAAAUGUUUAAAUUAAUUAAGUUGGACGUGUUUGUUGAAUCUUUUUCUUUACUUGCUGAUUAUAAAACUAUGUCAUUUUUAUUGAAAUAAUAAUAUUAUGUUAGGGCCAAUAUAAA